AUGCCUUUAAUAAUAUUGUGUGGAAUUCCCUCUAGUGGAAAAACGUGUCGUGCAAAGCAAAUUAUGCAAUACUUUGUAGAACGCUUUAGCAAUGAAAAUAAAACUAAUUCAGUAAGUUUAAUAAAUGACGAGUCUUUAGGAAUAACUAAAGACAGUUAUAAGGACACACGCAUUGAGGAAAAGAAAUCGCGUGGAACACUAAUUUCAGCAGUUGAGCGGUUAGUAUCGAAAGAUGACUUGAUAAUUGCUGAUGGAAUGAAUUAUAUCAAAGGAUUUCGAUAUCAAUUGUAUUGCAUUGCACGCGCUGUUGGUACACCUCAUUGUGUGGUGUAUUGCGGAAUUCCAGUUGAGGUUGCCAGAGAAUGGAACUCUAAACGCGGAGUAAACGGUUAUGGUGCAACAGUGUUUGAUGAACUUGUCAGUCGAUUCGAAGAACCUGAUGAUCGAAAUCGUUGGGAUUCACCGCUCUUUACAGUGCUAUAUAAUGAUCCAGCAGUUCCUUUCGAAGGUAUAUGGAACGCUGUCAUCAAUAAUAAACCAAUAUCUCCCAAUUUGUCAACCGUUUCGAAACCAGUAAGCGAGACAAAUUAUUUAUACGAAUUUGAAAAAACUACACAAGAUAUAAUCAAUGAAGUUCUGGACGCCCAAAAACAUAAUAUUGGGGGUGGCGCAGUCAAGAUUUUUCGUGCAAAUCAACCAAUAUCCUUUUAUAUAUGA